AACAAGCGGUUGAUUCCUCUGUUAAAUUAGCUGCGCAGCCUAGCGAUUGUGGAUUUCUAGGGUUUCUGCUCCGUUCCUCUCGCAUCGCAAAAUGACAAAGAGAACCAAGAAGGCUGGUAUUGUUGGGAAAUAUGGUACCCGAUAUGGGGCCAGUCUGCGUAAGCAGAUUAAGAAGAUGGAGGUCAGUCAGCACAGCAAGUACUUCUGUGAGUUCUGUGGAAAGUAUGCAGUGAAGAGGAAAGCUGUGGGAAUUUGGGGAUGCAAAGACUGUGGCAAAGUGAAAGCUGGGGGUGCUUACACUUUGAACACUGCAAGUGCUGUGACCGUCAGAAGCACCAUUCGGAGGCUGAGGGAGCAGACUGAGAGUUAAUUUGAUUGAUAAAUUCUGUUGUGUUUUUUCUUUUCUAGUUGAUACAUGGAACUGACUGUAGUGCCUCAUGCAAGUGUUUUCAAUUGGAUUUUCCUUUGGGGAUAUUUUGAAAUCUUGAAUCAAUUGAAGCAGUUUUGGUGUUUACUCUA